AUGAGUAGUUCGACUCCGUCGGCAUUGAUUCAAUCGGAUACUGAAGAACCCCUCAAGUCGCUGUUGUCAUAUCGCACAGCUACAUUGGCAGACUGUGAAGCUGUAUCAACAUUAGUAAACAGUGGUUAUCGUGGUGAAUCAUCACGCCAAGGUUGGACCACUGAAGAAGCAUUAGUCGGAGGCUUGCGAACACAUCCGAGCAAACUAAUUGAUAUAAUUAAUGAUAAAAUAAAUGUCAUAUUACUUUUCUUCGAAGAAAGCGAAAAUGUUCUGGUCGGAUGUGUUCACUUACGACAUGAACCAGUCGAACGAAGCGCUUCAUUAGGGAUGCUGACUGUUAGACCAGAUCUACAAGGGCGGGGCUAUGGAAAAUUUAUUCUAUCAAUAGCAGAAAACUACGUUCGAGACACUUGGGAUGUUGCAUUUGUGAAAAUGGCAGCAAUUAUGCAAAGACCCGAAUUAGUAGCGUAUUACAAUCGACGUGGCUACAUUGAUACGGGUCGGCGCGAACCGUUUCCAAAGGGCGAUGAGCGAUCGGGUAUACCAAAAGUUCAGGAUUUAGAAUUUUGUAUUUUGAAAAAAUGUGUAAAACUUUCUCAAUAA